AUGUUGAUUUUUACUUCAUUACCAAACGAAUGUAAAACCGAAAUCUUCGAACACCUUUUAACCGAUCGGCAAACUUUAUACAGAUGUCUCUUAGUUAAUCGUUUUUGGUGCAAGAAUAUUAUACCUUCCUUAUGGAGGGAACCCUUUAGAUACAAAAUACAUAAGGUUUAUUUGAUUAUUAGGACUUAUCUCUUAGCACUAACCGCCGAUGAACAAUCAACCAUAAUACCUUUCAAUAUAAAUUUUGAACAUAAUCAACAACCAUUAUUAUUUGAAUAUGGAUCUUACUUGGAAAUUUUUAACUGUGCUUCAUUUUUUGAUGCUGCUUCCAAACUUUUAAUAAAUCAAGGUCAUAAGGAUACAGAAUUUAGUUAUUCUUGUCAAGCCAUAGUGGGUGCAAUCACAAAGAUGUUAAUGAGAACUUGUAGAAAUUUAAAAUCUUUAAACCUUUCAUCAGUAAUUGUGGUACCGGAUUCUAGAAUAUUUGAAUCAAGUAAAUAUGGUUUAUCACAAUUGGUAGAAUUAUGUCUUUGCCUGGAAAACAAUUCACCAAAAUCUUUGGAAAUUUUAAAUUAUUUAUCAACAAUUUGUCAUAAUCUUUCUAAAACAUUUUUUAUUGUUCGAGAGGGGAAUGAUCCAUUACCUCAAAAUUCCAUUAAUUCACUGGUCAAUUUGAUUAUGAAUCAACAUGAACUUAAAAAUUUCAAACUUCAUGAAGCAGCAAAAAGUGUGAAUAGAAUUAUUUCAUCAUUCAUAUCACAACAAGAUUCAUUAACAACAAUCUAUUUUUCAAAUGUUUCAUUUGAUAAAAUUUCAAAUGAUUCAUUGGAAAUAUUUAUAAAAUGCAAAAAUAUAAUUCAAAUACAACUUUAUUAUUGUAAAGGUAUCAAAUUAUCACAAAUCAAAAUAUUAAAGAAAUCACAAUUCAUUUUAAAGUCUUUAAUUCUAUAUCAAAAUGAAAUCAAUAUAUCAACAUUAAUUGAUAUUUGGGGAUUCAAUCUAGAACAUUUAGAUCUUGAUGAACUUAAUUCAGAAAUUAUUAAUUUUAUUACAAGAUGUUGUCAAAAUCUUAUAGAUUUAACUAUUAAAGGAUCUUUUGAUAAUCUUGAUUUAAUUUUUCCUUGGAUAAAAGGAUCCCAAUUAAAAGUAUUUAGUUUAGAAAGAACUAAAUUUGUAGGAUAUUUCUUUGGUAAUGAAAUUAAUCCUGUCUUUACAGAAUUAGGAAAAAAUUUACCAAAUUCAUUAAAUUAUUUAAAAAUUAAAGGUUGGAAAUUAAUGGAAAAUGUUUUAGGUCAAAUUUUAGAAGUUUGUAAAUUGGAAAUGUUGGAAAUUUUAUUAAUUGAACCAUUUUCAGAACAAAUUAAAUUAAAUCAUUUAAUAGAUAUUAAGGAAUUUUUAAGACGUAAUCGAAGUGUCAAGAAAGUUGAAAUUAAUUUUCAUAAGACAGAAAAUCCAUGGACAAAAGAAGAAGAAAAAGUUAUAAAUGAAAUUGAAGAGGAAUUUGAUAUUAGUAUUAUAAAAAAUGAAAUUUAUGAUUAA